CCCGCAGUCGGCAGCCCCGCCCCCUCGCAUUAGCCCCGCCCAUGCUCUGGCGACCUGCAGCGUUUGCCUCAGGGCUGCGCGUGGGCCCGGCGGCGGUUGCUGUGCUCCCGCGUCGCUCCCUGGGCAGCGGGAGCUGCUGUCGAGAUUGUAGAGUACUCGCAGAUAAGAAAGAAGAGGUUUGUCAGUCAAGACUGACAGAAAAAUUAAGUUUAUUAGGCGCAGACUCUCGUACAGACGGUGAAUAUCUGCAAAUGAACGUUCUCAAGCUCCUGUGAUUGGAGGUGUGCUCCAGGAUUGGUUGCUGAUACUGGAAGGCUCACCUCCCUCCUCCCGCGCCCCUCACCCCGCCUCUUUCUUUCGGCUUUGAUCGCCUUGGACAAGCCCUUCAGAUCAGUGCUUUUGAAGGAUAGAAGGCUGUUGUUGCACAGGUACCAUGUGUCAGGCGUAUCGUGUAGGAGUCCUUGUGAGAGGCCUGCACCUGGCCCCCGACGCCUCUCUGUGUGUGUCCUGUAGUCUAUAAAAGAUCAGAUGGGAUGAUGGAGAGGAAAGAUUGGCUUGGGUCGCACCGAGAAAGGUCAGACCCCACUAAAUAAUUUUCCAUAAGAAUAAAUAGUAUUGUUAUUUGUGCAACAGAAGUAUGGGAAAUUAACACGUUACUCUCACACGUAAAGAAUUCAAGCCCCAGACGUUUUGGUCACUGUGCCUAUGAAAUGGAUAUUCAUAUUUACUACCUUCUGUGAGUACUGAAUUUAUACCGCUGGUUUUGUCAGUUGACUCUCUUGUUUUAACUCCUGCCCAAUACCAGACACGACUGAGCAACUAACACUUUUCCAUUUACCAAAUAGUAAAAACUUGGGAAGAAAAUGUGUAUAGGGGGAGUAUUUUUAUUUUGCUCACCUUACAUUUGAUCUGCUUAUUAAAAAUCUAAAGUUCUGAGUUUUGAGUUCUGUAUAUGGGACCAAAGAUACAAAGUUGAGAGACAUCAGCAUGUAUUAAUAGAUAAAACUGCCUAGGGAAAGUGUGUUCAUAGAGAGCAUUCCAGUGAUUAGAGGUAAAACAGAGGAGAAGAAGUAAGCAAAGGAGGUGGAGUAAGCAGUGAGAUAGGAAGAAAACCCGAAGCAUGUGGUGACUUAAGAAGCCAAGAUGACAAAGCAUGGCUAAUGGUACUGACACAUGCUGAGAGGUAAUGUAAAAUAAAUCACUGCUGAGUUUUGAUAAGCACAAUAAAAGUAUGUGUGAUGUGAAGAAAUGGACGUAGCUCUGUGGAUAUCUCAAGAUAUUUCACUAUGAAGAACUGAGAAAUGGCAUAUAUGGGGUGGAAGUAGAAUUCUUAAACAUGGGGAUGCUUAAGUAUGUUUUUAACCUAAUGGGAGUGAUCCAGUGUAGAGGGAGAAAAUAUUGUACAAGAGAAAAUGUAUCUCUUAAAAGUGGUGUCUCUGAGAAAGUGAGAGGGAAUUGAGUGCAGGGAAUAUGUAGAAAUGUCGACCUAGGAACAUGAACAUAAAACAUAGUAACUAGAAGAAAGGCAGCGAGUAUAGGUAGAGAUGCAGAUACAGGGGUGGAUUCAGUGAUCAGAAGAUGAGUUUCUGCCUGAAGUUCGUAGGAGAAGGAACAUUUGGGUGAAAGUUUUAAGAGGUGAAGAGAAAAUAUAAAAAUAGUCAUUUUGAACACAGAAGCUAUCAUACUUGUCUUAGUUCAUUCAGGCUGCUGUAACAACAACAAAAAAUACAGUCUGGUUGUCUUACAAACAGAAUUUUUUUCUCACGGUUCUAGAUGCUGAGAGGUCCAAGAUCAAGGUGCCAGCAGAUUCAGUGUCUGUAACUCAAGAAUUGAAAGAUAUUUUUAAGGCAAAGAUACUCUCCCUCAAAGAAGCAAAGAUCACAGAGAAGCAUGUACACUGAAGAACCACAAAAUGAACACUUGGAGGAUGAAAAUGUCCAGUCAUCUACAACUCCUGAGAUCCUCAAAGCUACCAGUGCUAAUGAACAUGAAGAAACUAAGGAAACCAUCUUGCCAGAAACAGAGGAAACAAAACCACAGAUGGAAAAGAAGGGCUCUUGUCCUCCACAAGGAACACUGAAUAAAGCUAUUACAAAUGGAGCUAUACUUUUUAUGAUAUGGUGUGUAGGCUGGGCAUUCUCAGGCCCUGAAGUUCUUCCUAAUGGAAGUUUAUUUGGACUGUUAGUUAUCUUUUAUUGUGCCCUUAUUGGGGGGAAACUUUUAGAAGUCAUUAGACUACCUUCAGUGCCUGAAAUUCCUCCUCUCCUUGGGAUGUUACUGGCUGGUUUUGCUGUUAGGAAUGUUCCAUUCCUCAGUGAUAUCACCUAUAUUAGUAAUGAACUGUCUUCAACUUUAAGAAAUACCGCCCUUACCAUUAUUCUAAUGCGAGCUGGGCUUGGACUCGAUCCACAGGCUUUGAAGAAUUUGAAGCGAGUUUGUUUAAGAUUGUCUAUGGGUCCAUGUCUAAUGGAGGCUUGUUCAACUGCUGUUAUUUCCCACUUCCUUAUGAAUUUUCCCUGGCAGUGGGGAUUUCUGUUGGGUUUUGUAGUCAGUGCAGUUUCUCCUGCUGUUGUUGUCCCUUCCAUGCUACAUUUGCAAGAAAAGGGAUAUGGUGUUGAGAAAGGCAUUCCAACCUUAUUAAUAGCUGCCAGCAGUUUGGAUGACAUCUUGGCUAUCACUGGAUUCAAUGCAUGCUUCAGCAUAGUUUUCUCCUCAGGUAACAUAUCUAGUAACAUCCUAUCCUCUCUGCGGGAUGUAAUUCUUGGUGUGCUUUUAGGAAUUGUUUUGGGAAUGUUUGCUCGACAUUUUCCAGGUAGCGAUCAGGGAAAACUUGAAGUGAAGAGAGCAUUUUUAAUUUUGAGUAUGUGUAUUUCUGCUGUCUUAGGCAGCCACCGAUUUGGUAUGAACACAGCUGGAGGAUUGUGCGCACUAGUAUUGAGUCUCACUGCAGGGACAGGUUGGUCCAAAGAAAAGGUUAGAGUCCAAAAAAUUAUUGGAACUGCGUGGGAUAUUUUCCAACCUCUUCUUUUUGGUUUGGUUGGAGCAGAAGUAUCUGUUGUAUCUCUUAAAUCAAAUGCUAUUGGCCUUUCUGUUGGUACCAUGAGUUUGGCAUUAUUGAUUAGAAUUUCUUUUACAUUUGUAUUGAUGUCUUGUGCUGGUUUUAAUUUUAAGGAGAAAAUAUUUAUUGCUUUAUCAUGGAUGCCGAAAGCUACAGUCCAGGCUGUAUUAGGUCCUCUGGCUCUAGAAAAAGCAAGAAUGAGUGCACCCCAUUUGGAAUCAUAUUCAGAGGAUGUGAUGACAAUAGCCUUUUUAGCCAUCUUGAUCACAGCUCCAAAUGGAGCUCUAAUUAUUGGCAUUCUGGGACCUAAAGUACUCACUCGCUAUGAUAAAAGCAAAGUGAAAAUGGAGUUAUCAGGAUUAGAACUUCAUUAAAAAGUUGAUUUGCCAUCACUUGCCUGCUUCUCUUAAUGAAUUCUCUUACAUAAGAGAAAAAUUAAAAGGUACACAUAUGUGAAGAAUGUACAUAGAAGCAAAGUUUUAAUAAAUAUAUGAUUUGACUACA